UAACAGCUAGACAGAGGCAGAGCUAAAGGCAGCGGCCAGGCAGCAGGCAGAGACAGGCAGCAUGCGCGCACUCGUUUGAAUACGCGUCGUAGUAAUAACUUGUUUAGCGGGCGGAUCGGCCGAAAUUCUAUAAAGCACACAUAAAUGUUCUGCUUGUAAAUUGAAUCUAAUCGUAUUGUGCGUGUGUUUCGAUAGCUUCAUACAUACAAUCAAGGAAUUGUGAAAAAUAUUAACUAAUCUUAAUCGCUAAUUAUCGCUACGCAAAAAAACUUAAAACUAUUCAUUUGUGUGAGUGUGUUUGUAGAUGCGCUUGUGCCAACUGGGCAAGCAAAGUAUACUCAUUAAACACCUUAAAACUUAAUAAGCGCUUAACUACAGCUGCUGGAAAAACUAAUGUAGCGAGUCAAGAAAACAAAGCAGCUGUAGCUAGCAAACAAAAGCAACAAAAACGACAACAAAGUGAAGUGGGAGCGCUGAACAACAAAAUAAUAAACAAAAACCGGAAUCAGAACGAACACAAGCACACAUAUAGCAUGUGUGUAUGUACAUAUAUACAUUUGUAUGCAACUGUGUACGACACAAUAACACAACAAGUCCAAAUGCGUGGCGCAGUACUAUAAAAAAAGCUCAGUAAUAUAGUGGCACAACAGUAGUCACAGCUUCAAAGUAUAGCUGUAUAUUGACAAAAAUUAUUAAUUUAAACGUCAAAUGCUUCGUAGUUUACAGAACGACGCUCUUUUCAUCGUUUACAGUAGAAGUGCAUGCCACUCUCUCACUUGUUGCUUGGACGCUCUCUCGCAGUGUGUGUGUGCAUUCAUCAACAACAAGGCAGGCGUUAUCAGUCAAUGAGCCAGCGGCUGACAAAAGCUGACUGGUACUAGCAUCAGUUAACCUUUAAAGACUUCAAAACGCCCGCACAACGACAAAUCGACUUGCAAAUGUAUCUUAAUUCAUACACAUCAAUCAUGUCACAGCCAUAUGGAUUAUGCAAUGGUAUGAUGCAGCCUAGUGCUCCCACACUUGAAGAUCUCGCAGUAGAAAGUAAAUCAAAGUCCAAUACGCUCUCCUCGCAACGAAAUGGAGCUUACAGUGGAUACAGCGGUAGUCCGGAGAAGCAAACUGUGUUCGAUAUGACUUUAAAGUCAUUGGGAUUAACGAAUCUAACGUCCAAGGAUAUGCGCACAUUGAUAAUGCUGGGUUUCAUGUUUCUGUUAUUUGUGAUAAGCGUGACUGGAUUCUUUGUAAUGUGGUUCACCGAAUACUACAAUAAUACCAUGUUGGAGAAUAUAGUUUUAGCUAAGAACUCCGAGACAGCAAAGAGUUGGCUCAAUCCGGAUUCCAAAUAUGAUACUCAGCUUAAAGCGCAUAUAUUCAACUACACGAAUAUAUAUGACUAUUUGGAAGGAAGGGCGGAGAAAAUACAUGUAGAAGACUUGGGACCAUUUACCUAUCAAGAGCACACUAUAAAAGAUCAAGUGUCAUUUAAUGAUAAUCACACAGUGACGUUUAGAGAUCGGAAAUCGUAUAAAUUUCUGCCUGAGAAAUCUACGCAGCCUGAACUCGCUAACGUUUUAGUGCCGAAUGUGCCCCUGCUCUCAGCUGCAGUCCAUGUGAACCGCAUGCCCGCGUUUAAACGAUUGGCAGUAAACGGUGUUAUAAGAUUGUUUGAUGAGCCUUUGUUCAAGCCACUGACUGCCAAAAAAUUUCUUUGGGGCUAUCGGGAUAAGAUAAUAAGCCUGGAUUCGCUUGGUGGCGGUAAAACACACUUUGGCCUGCUAAAAAAUCGUAAUGGUACAAGCGUGGACUCUGUACAGCUAAAUACCGGCGAGGACGACAUUUCAAAGCUCAGCAUCAUAACACAGUUCAAUGGCAAGCCACAGUUAGACUUUUGGGAAGGUGACGAGUGCAAUCGCAUUGAUGGCAGUGAACCAUCCAUGUUCUCGCCUAAUUUAUUACAAAAUCGCAGUAGCGUUUAUGUUUUUCUCCAAGUACUUUGUCGCAAGGUGCCUUUGUAUUUUGAACGCGAAGAAACUAUUUAUAAUGACAUUGAUGUACUGCGCUAUAUAACGCCUCUGGAUGUGUUUGCAAAUCCCGCUGAGAAUCCAGAUAACGCAUGCUAUUGUCGCAACACAGAUACUUGUCUCCCCAGCGGCGUUAUAAACGCCACCAGAUGUUAUGAUGAUGCACCCAUCUUUCCUUCAUUUCCACAUUUCUAUACGGGCGACCCGGUGCUAUAUGCAGACUUCGAGGGCAUUAGACCCGAUGCAGACAUACAUCAGACAUAUGCGGAAAUCCAUCCACGCUUUGGCUUUCCCGUUGGAGGUGCCUCACGUGUACAAAUUAAUAUAAUGUUGCAUAAAACGCCGCUGCUACGCAAUCAGGGACACCGCCUAAAAGACCGAAUUAUCUUGCCACUCAUCUGGAUAGAGAUCACGAAUGGUGAUUUCAAUGACGAUGUCCUGCACACUCUUUACGUUUCCACCUUUGGUUUAGAUGCCAUUCAACUGGCGCUCAAAUAUGGCACACUGCUUGUCUCAGUCAUAUCCUUUAGCCUGAUUGUUGCCAGCGUAUAUUAUUUAAACAAUCGCCGCGAGGAACAGCAACAGAUGGAGCAUAAGAAAUCCUCACCAGAGCUGGAGGUGCUCAAUGGCACUGCUCAGGCCAAUGGGGCCUCCAUCACGGUUCAAAUGCAGAUGGCUGCCUAAAAUUGACUUCAUUUGUUUAUAAGUGCCAUUAGAUUAGACUUUUAGGAAUUUUCGAAUUUUAUUGCGAUAUUAUUAGCCUAGGAACGAACAAAAACAAUCUUUUGUAGACUAACAAAAAUGUAUAUAUGUAGUUAUGUUGUACAAUUAAGAGUCUUGUAGUAGCCAACACGCGACUUCUAUACCUCUACACAUAUAUUAAUAAGACAGUAGUACUUACACUCACACAAAUACACGCUAACUAUGUGCAAUUCGGUCGCCACUCACGCUACUACAAUACUAGUACCCCGCUCAGAUUAUUUUUGGAUGAAUUUUGUGUUUAUUCAAGGACUAAGUGUUAGGAUCGCUUUAGCUUUUAUAUGCAUGUAAAUAAUUGUUUUUAAUGAUUUCCAUGUACGGAUAAAUAAAUGUUUAAUAAACAA